AGUCCAAGAGUGAGGAACAAAUCAGCAGCAGCACUGCGCCCCUCUUCUUGAAGAGACGUGAAACAAUUCAGUCUCCGCCACCGCAGACCAGCCCCCAAAGGCAAGGCCAGGAAGGGAUACAGGGUUCUAGAGAACCAGGGCCUCUCCGCCAGCUCCAGCCGCUAAGCAAACAUUCCCUGCUAGAGUCAGAGAAGCCGGUGUGCGAGGGGAGGAACCAGCCUGAGGUUUAUCGCUCCAGCAACUCCGGGUGAUUCAUAGAGUUUAGGCUCCCAGUUGUCUUACACCGGGGCAGGCACGCAAACAAGCAGCCCGGGAGAUACCCACCCUUUUCCCUGCCCCCGCUCCUCCACCUUGCUACCCCCUAGCCCGUGACCAGCUACCUCCCCUCCCCCUCGCGGGCGCUCGGGGUUGAGCAAACACCGGCCGCCCGCCCCGCCUGCCCCGCCACCAGCUGGCUCCGACCGGCGCGCCGCUGGCGAUCCCCCAGGCAACUCGGCGUCAUGAGAACAGGCACCCCGAGACUCGGCGCCCUGCCCUCCCUCCGCGUCCCCAGGGCCCCGACCAGACCUAACAACCUCUCCCUCCUCCGUGCGCCUCGGCCCCUACGGGCCUCUGGCGCGGGCUAACUAGGCCUCGCGGCCGGUCCCUGGGACGGCGCACCCCACCCGCCGCGAGGCCAGCAGCCCCGGGGGAAGGCGGCCGGAAAAUCUCCUCUUGUUUACCGGACUGGAGAAGUCCCAGCCUGGAUUCGCUUCCCAAUUUCUGCGGUCCACCUUCAGCAGAUUCCUGGGGCCGGAGGGGAAAGGGUGGCAACCCACAGAUCCACCCCGGUACAGGGAGUGGGGGUGGGGCUGGUGGGAACCUGACCUCUUGGAAAGGUCCCCCGGCUGCUGGAGGGGACGGACUCGGAGUCAGAGCCGACGUGUCCCGGAGCGCAGAGACCGAGGGGGCCGCGCUGAACACUGUACCUCGGGGAACAAAACCGUGAAGGCUAAUUAGGACAAGUCGGAGCAGGGAACGGGGACGCUGGGAGGGGAGCGCGCGCUCCGAAUUGGGCAGAACCUGGAACAGUCGCAGGAAAUCCGGGCGCGGGAUAGUCGGGCCCAGGGUGACCUUUGCCCACGGUGCGGAGUGGCUCUGGACUCGGCCCACGCGUGAGAGGAGCACUUGGUAACGAUCCCACGUACGCUUUGUGACCGGUGGGGGGGUCCCAGAGAAGGACCGCGCGUGCAAAAGGCGAACCUCGGUGUGUCCACGUGUGCAAGCUGGGGAGGGGAGGGGACGCAGAAGGCGUGACAAAAAGACAGACUCUGUGUCUUGAGUGUGCGCCUCGCUCCGGCCCGCUCCCAGCGAACUGUGCCCUAAGUGUGUCUCACGGGAGGGCCAGGAUGAAGGUGACAAAGGCUAGGUGUCCCCCACGGAGACGCGUCAAGGUAGCCCCACGCGUGUCGGUACGCGCGCUCUCUGGGAGACGCGGUGGGGGGUGCGCAGGGCUGCACCCCCACACCGCUUGCCCCGGAGAAGGCCGAACCCAGAAAGUGAGUGCGCGUGAGUGUGCGCGCGCCCGCGUGCGGGGGCGUGGCAGUCAACAGCAACAAACCACACGCCGGCAGGGCCAGAAACUCCCAUCUCCCUCCCAAGCCGGAAAGUGCGAGUCGGCCCAGCCUGGAGGGACCCAACCAGAGCCUGGCCUGGGAGCCAGGAUGGCCAUCCACAAAGCCUUGGUGAUGUGCCUGGGACUGCCUCUCUUCCUGUUCCCAGGGGCCUGGGCCCAGAGCCAUGUCCCACCCGGCUGCAGCCAAGGCCUCAACCCCCUAUACUACAAUCUGUGUGACCGCUCUGGGGCGUGGGGCAUCGUCCUAGAGGCUGUGGCUGGGGCGGGCGUCGUCACCACGUUUGUGCUCACCAUCAUCCUGGUGGCCAGCCUCCCCUUUGUGCAGGACACCAAGAAACGCAGCCUGCUGGGGACCCAGGUGUUCUUCCUUCUGGGGACUCUGGGCCUCUUCUGCCUCGUGUUUGCCUGCGUGGUGAAGCCUGACUUCUCCACCUGUGCCUCUCGGCGCUUCCUCUUUGGGGUUCUGUUCGCCAUCUGCUUCUCCUGUCUGGCGGCUCACGUCUUCGCCCUCAACUUCCUGACCCGGAAGAACCAUGGGCCCCGGGGCUGGGUGAUCUUCACUGUGGCUCUGCUGCUGACCCUGGUGGAGGUCAUCAUCAAUACAGAGUGGCUGAUAAUCACACUGGUUCGGGGCAGUGGCGACGGCGGCCCUCAGGGCAACAGCAGUGCCCGCUGGGCCGUGGCCUCCCCCUGCGCCAUCGCCAACAUGGACUUUGUCAUGGCGCUCAUCUACGUUAUGUUGCUGCUGCUGGGUGCCUUCCUGGGGGCCUGGCCUGCCCUGUGUGGCCACUUCAAGCGCUGGCGUAAGCAUGGGGUCUUCGUGCUGCUCACCACGGCCACCUCCAUUGCCAUAUGGGUGGUGUGGAUCGUCAUGUAUACCUACGGCAACGAGCAGCACAACAGCCCUACCUGGGAUGACCCCACACUGGCCAUCGCCCUUGCCGCCAAUGCCUGGGCCUUUGUCCUCUUCUACGUCAUCCCCGAGGUCUCUCAGGUGACCAAGGCCAGCCCAGAGCAAAGCUACCAGGGGGACAUGUACCCCACCCGGGGCGUGGGCUAUGAGACCAUCCUGAAAGAGCAGAAGGGUCAGAGCAUGUUUGUGGAGAACAAGGCCUUUUCCAUGGAUGAGCCGGCUGCAGCUAAGAGGCCGGUGUCACCAUACAGCGGGUACAACGGGCAGCUGCUGACCAGUGUGUACCAGCCCACCGAGAUGGCCCUGAUGCACAAAGUCCCAUCCGAAGGAGCUUACGACGUCAUCCUCCCACGGGCCACCGCCAACAGCCAGGUGAUGGGCAGUGCCAACUCGACCCUGCGGGCUGAAGACAUGUACUCGGCCCAGAGCCACCAGGCGGCCACACCGCUGAAAGACGGCAAGAACUCUCAGGCUCAGUCCCCGCAAAGUAAAACGAGAUGGUAGAAGCCCUCUUCCCGGGACCGCACGGCAUCCUGAUCCUCAUUCCUCUGUACCCAGGUUGGGCUGGGCCCAGCACCUUUCCUGUCCUUGUCAUUGGAGCUGGGAGGGGCCAGAGGCCACCGACCUGAAGCAGUGGACCGAGUGGGCCCCUGUGAAGCCCUGAGUGUGUGACUGGAGCGCCUAGGGCCACCUCCCUUUCCUGCCCAGCCCAUCUUCCUGGUUCCCAGGGGACUGCAGCUGCAAGGAGCUGUCCGCAGGCCCCCAGGCUGCCUCCAACCCCCACUCUUGACACCCCCUGCCCCUCACCAAAUCAUAGCCCCUAUGUCCCCAGGCUGUGGUUCUUCAGAUUGCCAUCCUCCCCUCUGUGAACAACAGGCCUCAGGGCGCCGUCUUGACUCUGGACCUUCCUGGCCCUGCCAUUUUGGUGUCUGGCACUGGCUUGUCCCGCCCUCUGCCUAGAUGGAUCUCCUGCAUGAGUCUUUGAGGCCAAGCCAGGACAGCAGUUGGCCCUUGCUCUUCUCACCAGGGCCUCCUGCCACCACCUGGACUGUGGAAGGCCACUGAGAUGGGGGCAGAGCUCAGCCCGAGGCUUGGGCACACUGCUUCUCUCCACGGCCUACGGGUCCCGGAUCUGAACCCCUGGGGUGUUUCACUUGAGAGCCCCUGAGCCGUCCCCAUCUUCCACGAAGCCGGUCCCACCUGCAAGCCAGGGCCAGCCCUGCCUGAGCUCUGCCCCCAGUGCCCCUCACCGUCUGUGACGAGGAUGAGCAUGCUGGGAUGGGGGCUCUCUUUAUCCAGCAGUACCUCAUGGACAGCUCACUAAGGAGUUGGGAAUGGCAGGCCACCCUGGCAUCUGGGGUUCAAGGUGGCUCCUGUGGCAGGAACAGGUGUCCAUGACCCUGAUUACCUGGAUCUCACAGGUUCUGGGAAUGCAGUUGGAUUCCCCGAAUGCCUGCUGUGGCUAUUCCAACAUCUCUGGUCAGGGCCUGGAAGUACCCUUAGGACACGUGGGGUCGGGGUUCGGACUGCAUUCUCAGGGACCAGUGGAGAGCCCUGGACCAGAUGAACUGGAGUCUAGGCCUCUCUCGUGACUGGGACUUGUGGGACGUGGGAGGCCCGUGAGAUCCAGGACUAAAGAUUAUGCUAUUUCCUGAUGGGCAGAUAUGUAAGUAGGUAAGUGGGAUCCUCAGGUAAGUGGGAUCCAGGACUAAAGACUCUGCUGUUUCCUGAUGGGCAGACGUGUUGAGUUUCUACCUCAUCUUGAGCAGCACCUGGAUGUGCUGGUGCCGGUUCAUCACUGGAGGAGCCUCUUGUGUUCUGAGCCCUCAGACAUGCUCCAGAGGAUCCUGACGGGCACCCAGUGAAGAGGGUGCCUUCUCAGGGCCUCCAUGGUGCUGGCACUGAGGAAGAGAUGGGCACAGCUCCAGGCUUGCGGAAAUGAACUCUCUAUAGCAUUGGCUUCCUGGGGUUUUUCCUGCCCUUAUCCAAGGUGGGCCCUAGAGCUCAGUCCCCAGCCCAGCAGCACCUCUGGGUACCGGGGUGGAGGGUGACGACCAGAGCAGCUCUCUGGGUGGGGGUGCCCUGUAGUCCGUCCCACAGCCCUCCGGUGCUACUCCCAUCCCCAGCAGCCUGUGCCUUUGUCACUGGCGUACUUUUCCAGAGCUAAAUUGGGCGAGCAAUCCCUGCAGAGUAGGACUGCAGCCCUGACUGUGGCCCCCGGCCUGUCUUUGUUGCUUGCUAAAGUCCAUGAACAGAGUGUUGUUUCCCUCCAGUGGAAGGGAAGCAGGGAGCUCUGUGGACUUCACCCUGCGCUUGGUCUAGCUUAGCAGCCCCAAGAUCCCUUAGUGAAUCGAGGCGCUGCGUUGCUUUCCUAUGUGAUAAUUUCAAAGGAGUCCCUGGCAGUGCCUGUUGCCCAGAGGCUGCAGUCUCCAGUGGAUGCGGGUUUGUGUAUAGCCUGAGUCCUCUGGGGGCUCCGCGCGUGAGGCCCAGGGUGGGAUGGGCUCCUAAAAGAUGCAGGCCUGCCUGUAUUCAGGAGUACGCACCGGCCCUGCUUACUCCUGCCCGGGCUAAGUGGAGAAGAAGUUAGAUGAGUUCUUAAGAGGAGAGAGGUGGCUUCUUUGAGGUGGUCGAGUGGCAUCACAAACAAGCACUGAAUGGAAGAAAACUAGAAGAGGCAGAGCCUGUCGCGGGUUCACCACCAUCCAGCCAACACCGUGGGAAAUCUCACACCCACCACUGUCAAACCGAGGACUCUGGACUUCAUAACUGCUCGGAAUUAAAUGACCUUACCCUCUGUGGGUGAGGGCUUACUGCCAUUGAAU